AUGUCCGAGAGCGGCUUCAAGUUCAUUCCACCACCUGAGGCACCUGUCUUCUACCCGACGGCCCAGGAGUUUGAAGAUCCGGUCCUUUAUCUAUCAAAAAUAAAGCCGAUAGCUUUCCAAACCGGCAUAUGCAAGAUCAUUCCUCCGAAGGGGUGGAAUCCUCCCUUCGCUGUUGAUAUUAACACGUUUCGCUUUACUCCGAGAGUUCAGCGUCUUUACGAACUCGAGGGUGGUGGUAAGCUCAGAAUUCCAAGCAUAAACGGCAAAUAUUUGGACGUUUUUUGGCUCUUCAAGCACGUCCAAAAGGCCGGGGGCUAUGACCAAGUGACCUCCACCAAAUUAUGGCCAACCAUUGCCGAAAAAUUGGGAUACAACGGCAGCAAAUAUGCUACUGCAAUAAAGUCGAACUAUGAAAAAAUACUACUACCUUUUGAAUUGGUUAUGUGUUCCAAGACUGAUAAAAAAGAUGUGUCCGUGAUUGAUUACAAUGCCAAUAAAGAACUUCAAAACCUAAAAUUUUUUGGGGCCGGUCCCAAAGCUGCAGUUCCUACUGCUUCGUUCGCCUGUCAAAUUUGCAAAUUAGACAACAACGAAGCCAACUUGCUCAUCUGCUCUACUCACUCCUGCCAGGCCUGCUACCAUACCUAUUGCUUGUCACCUCCCCUAUCGGGCGUUCCCCGUUGGCAAUGGAAGUGUCCUCAAUGCAUUCGCGAAAUAUGCGGCCGGCCGAUGGAACAAUAUGGUUUUCCGCAGGCGGCCGAAGCCUAUAGUCUUCAGGAGUUUGGCGUGAAGGCGGACUCCUUCAAGGCUCAAUACUUUCGUCAGAAGCCCACUAAUGUACCAUGCUCAACAGUCGAACAGGAAUUUUGGCGGAUUCUUCAGGAGUACACAGAGGACGUAGUCGUAGAGUAUGGUGCAGACAUUCAUUCCAGUGACCAGGGUUCCGGUUUUCCAACAGAAUUACAGAUCCGGAACUCUCCAGACAUGUAUCCUACAGCAGAGCAAAAGCAACAGGCCUUGAUGUAUGCCCAAAGUCCAUGGAACUUAAACAACCUUCCUGUAUUCGGAAAGUACGUCCUUAUUUGCCUGUAUAACUUUCUUUUUGUUGAUGUUAGUGCACUCGGCCUCCCGCGCACUGCUAGAGAACUUGUAUUUGUUAUGGGUACGAUAAUGCCUAAUCUAGCCGGCCUCGCUGAUGUCCCGGAUGGUACCUCACCACGCGUGAUGAUCCGUGACAGCGGAUCUGGACAGUUCACUCAAUUCUCUUCGCCAACGCCUGAAGCCGAAUACCGAAUGUCCAAUAACUAUUUCCAUUGCUGA